AUGGCGCCCCGCGGACACCGUAGCCGCCUCGGCCCGCGCCGAGCACCACGGGAAACCGAGUCCCCGCUCAAGCGCCGCAAACAGCGAGGCCCGAGCCGCCCGAGGGCGCCCUUUUGGGCCGCCGAGCGCGCCGCUGCGCCUGCCGGGAGAUUGUGGGGGAAACCCACAGGGGAGUUCUGCUGCGUGGGAAGGCCGCCAAACCAGAAAGGCAGGAGAGUUUCCAUUGCAGGCACGUGGAAUAAGACGCCACUCACCAGCCAGCUGGGGAUCAGCCUCCAGACGAGGGUCUCUGCUUGCCCUUUGGGUGGGGGGAGGAGGCCGGUGCUGCUGACCAGCUGUGAGGUCAGUCUUCGCAGCAGCCAGCCCCUUCAUCCUGCCCCCCCUUCCCUUUGGGCAGAGUUCCAGGGCUCACAGAAGAAGGAGAAGCGGCUGCUGAUCCACCAGGCCCUCACCAGAGACCCGGUUGACGUGGAGAGGCUCCGGGCGGCAGCGCUCAGCCCUGGGGGGCUGCUAACGGAUGAGAUCCGCAGGAAAGUCUGGCCCAAACUGCUGGGCGUGAACGUGUACAGCCUCCCACCCAAGCCAGGGUGGGAAGUGCGCCAGAACCACAAGGAUUACAACCAGGUCCUCCUGGAUGUGCGUCGUUCCUCGCGCCGUUUCCCCCCAGGCAUGCGCCCAGAGCAGCGGCAGGUCCUGCAGGAGCAGCUGAUGGAUGUCAUACUGCAUGUCUUGAGGGCCCACCCGGAGCUGCACUAUUACCAGGGGUACCACGACAUUGCCGUGACGCUGCUGUUGGUCUCCGGGGAGCGCAUGGGCAUUGCCUUGCUGGAGAGGCUCUCCAUGCUCCACCUCAGGGACUUCAUGGACCCCACCAUGGACAGCACCAAGCACAUCCUCAACUACCUGAUGCCCCUCCUGCAGCGGGAGAGCCCUCGGCUCCAUGACUUCAUGCUCAGAGCGGAGGUGGGAACGAUCUUUGCCCUGAGCUGGCUGAUCACCUGGUAUGGCCACGUCCUGUCCAACUUCCACCACAUCCUGCGCCUCUACGAUUUCUUCCUGGCCUCCCACCCACUCAUGGCAGUCUAUUUUGCCGCGGUGAUUGUCCUGUACCGGGAGGAGGAGGUGCUGGCGUGUGAUUGUGACAUGCCCAGUGUCCACCAGCUCCUGUCAGACAUCCCUCCAGAUCUGCCUUAUGAGACCCUCGUUGCCCGAGCCCACCAGCUCUUCCUGCGCCUGCCCCACACCGAGCUGGCCAGACAGGCAGCCCUUCAGCAUCACAAGAGCAUCGCCAUCGGCUCUUUCUUGGAGUUCCAGCAGGCCGCCUCCCGCCAGCGCCCAGAUGCCAUCCUUAGACAGCAGCAGGAGCAUUUGGCACCCGGCGGGACAGAGAUGGAGCUGCUCCUUCCCCCCACUGAGCACAGCCCCCUGGUGAAGGCGGCAGUCUGGGGCCUCACCGCCACCCUGGGGGCAGCCGCGUUGGCUGUCACGCAGACGGCCUUGGAGUGGGCCCCCGAGUUCCUCCUGCAGCUCUUCUAGCGGCAGCUGGCUGAAAUGUCUGCAGGGAGCAACCAGCGCGGCUCUGUGCCAGGGAGACCGGAAUGCUCUGAAGGACGCAGGGCAGCCGAAACCCAGGCGCACGGCCCA